GACGUACAGCAAAGCGUUUUGGUUUCUCAUUUCCGUCUAUAGGGUAGCCUUGAGCUGACAACUGAUCGAAUCCAAUGGCUUGGUUUUAUGUGAGUUGUGGGUAAUCUGUGUGAGAAGAUCACGUUGACAACUCGGGCUGUAAUAUGGCACUUGUGGCGAGACGUCGAGAACUUAAGACCCAACUGUGCUAAGCUAGUAUGGGUCAGCAGCCAGUUAAAGCGUUAACAGAACGAUCAAAAUCUGGGAAAACGAUCAAGGCAUCUGGGAAGAGCAAAGAGGCUGAAAAGUCAGAAUUUCAUACUGCUAUAGUUGAUCUUACAAAGCGACCUUUGCCUGAAACACCAUUGGAGAAGUCUGUUGCAGAAUGGGACUCUAAGGAUGACCUACUUACAGAUGACCAUCGCGAUAAAUCAAUAUUUAUUGCAAUACAUGACUUUCAAGCUGCUGGCAGCAAUCAGUUGACUAUUCGAACAGGAGAAGAAUUGGCUAUCAUUCGUUUCAAUGACACUGAAGAAUGGUGCGAAGGUCAAGCUAGAAAUGGAAAUAUUGGCUGGUUACCGAGUAGUUAUGUGAAACCUGUGAACAGCUUGGAAAAGCAUUCUUGGUAUCAUGGGCCUAUUUCACGUAAUGCAGCAGAAUAUUUACUCAGCAGUGGAAUCAAUGGAAGUUUUCUGGUUCGUGAAAGUGAAAGUAAUCCUGGACAGUUAUCUAUCUCAUUGCGGUUUGAUUCAAGAGUGUAUCACUAUAGAGUCAGCCAUGCUCCUGAUGGCAAAAUGUAUGUCUCCACUGAUAAUAGAUUUACAUCAAUUGCGGAGCUUAUUCAUCAUCAUUCUAAGCAUGCAGAUGGACUUGUAACAACUCUUCAUUAUCCUGCGGCAAAGACUGAUAAACCCACUGUGUACAGUUUUUCACCUGAACCAGAUGAAUGGGAAAUACCCAGAUCAGAGAUUGCCAUGAAACAUCGUCUUGGUGGGGGGCAGUAUGGAGAGGUUUAUGAAGGAGUGUGGAAGAAGUACAACAGACCAGUGGCUGUGAAGACCUUAAGGGAAGAGACAAUGGAGGUGGACGAAUUCUUGAAAGAAGCAUCAGUCAUGAAAGAAAUAAAACACCCACGACUGGUACAGCUCUUAGGUGUCUGUACAAGGGAACCACCAUUUUACAUCAUAACAGAGUUCAUGACCAAUGGCAAUUUGUUGGACUAUUUACGAAGCACUGCAAGCAAGGAUUUGAAUGCUGUCACACUGAUGUACAUGGCAACACAAGUGGCCCAUGCUAUGUCAUAUUUGGAAUCAAUGAAUUUUAUUCACAGGGAUCUUGCAGCUAGAAACUGUCUUGUGGGGAAGAACAAUCUUGUAAAGGUUGCAGACUUUGGUUUGUCGAGACUAGUGACAUAUGACAUCUACACAGCUCAUGAAGGUGCAAAGUUUCCAAUCAAAUGGACAGCUCCCGAAGCUCUGGCCUACAACACAUUUUCGAUUAAAUCUGAUGUUUGGGCAUUUGGAAUACUUUUAUGGGAGCUUGCAACAUAUGGUAUGUCACCCUAUCCAGGAAUUGACUUGUCACAAGUGUAUGAAAUGUUGGAGAGUGGAUACAGAAUGCCUUCCCCAGAGGGCUGCCCUCAAGAGGUCUAUGAAAUGAUGAUGAAAUGUUGGAGCUGGGAUCCACAAGAUCGACCAACAUUUUCUGAAAUCCACAAAUGGUUGAACACAGUCUUCUCAACAACCAGUGUUGAUGAAGAAGUGGAGAAAGCUUUGGAAAAGAAUAAAUCAAAAAAAGAUAAAGGAAAGAAAAGCAAGAAAAGAGGUGAAGCCAAUGAUUCUUUGUCAGCAAAAGAUGAGAACACAAGUAGAAAAAAGAAAGAUGAUUCUCAUGGCUCAAAGUCAAAAAUGUCCAAUAUGAAAAAAAUUACUAGCUCACUGAAUCCAUCAGGGCCUCCUCCAGAACCACCAGCUCGGCCAAUGCUCAAAGAUAAAAACUGGGAGAAAGAAAAGGAGGCACGUCCCUCAUUACCUCCUUUACCAACUAACCCUGUGAUGUCCAAUUUGAUGAAGGAAUUGGGUAACAGGUCUGGGACACUGAAAAAAGGACCUGAUAAAGGAAUUGUUUCAAAUAGCAGAGAGCAAAAAGAGGAUCUUCCUUCAAGAUUUACUGCUGAUAACCUGCACAAAAGACCACCUGCACCUUUACCUCCAGAAUACCAACCUCAGGAGCAGAGAGGAGCACCUCAUUUCUCAAACCCAAAACAGCAAGAAAAUGGAAAUAAGCCUGCUCCACCCUCUCAAGGAUCCCGUAAAAUCACACACCCGCAACCUUCCAACAAGCCACUUUUGCCACCACCCCGACAGUCUCUACAGAAAUCUUUGUCCAGUUCAUCCAGUCAAGCACCACUUUCCCCUCCUCCUCAAAUGAAUAAGAGCACAAAGUCACCUUUGCUAGAGGAGAAAACCAAAGAACUGGAUGCCCAGGUGUCAAAUAAAGAUAAACCAAGUAACUCUGCCAGGAAGACAAGUGCUGCAGGAAGUAAACCCUCUAAUCAUCUGAAUUCAGAAAUGGGCAAGCCAAAAAGUCCAGUUCCAAGACCACGGAACAGACCCCCUCCACCUCCUCCUCCAAUCUCAUUACAAGAAAGUGGAAAAUCCACCUCAAAUUCAAGUUUGUCAUCUGGGGAUACAAACCUUUCAGAAUUUUCAAAUGAUGGGCUGGCAUCUCCCAAACCUCGCCCAGUACCUCGCCCAAGGCUGAGGGGAGAACAACCAUCAGAACAGAGUGAUAGAGGUUCUAAAAUUGAACCUCUCAGACAACCACCCACAAAAUCAAAACCAAUGCAUCCACCUCCAUCAAUCCCGGACAUUUCCAAAAGACCUUUAACCAGAAAUAAUUCAAGUUCAAGCCAGCAGCAAGUCAGUUCUUCAGUAGUGAAGCCAAAGUCAUCUGGGCCCAAACCAGCUCCUUCUAAACCAAAACCUCCAGUUAAACCAAACAUUCCCAGGAAACCUAAAAUUACCCCUCCCAGUUCAGGAGCUGAUUCUAAUCUACCACCCAAAGUAAAUGAACUUUUGCACCUUUCUGACCAAUGCCAAUCAAGGAUGAAGGCAAUUCUCUCUCUUACUGAUGCUAGAGUAAUGGAUGAUUCACAUAAUAAUCUUCUUCAAGCUAUUGAUGAGCUCAAAGGAAUCUCUCUUGAAGUUCUAGAGACAUCAUCAAGCUUAACUGACUCUCUAGAACCACAGGCACGGUUUAAAGUCCGUCGAACAGUUACAGAUCUGGAGGGUAAAUACAGUGACAUGGAGGGUGUAGUGGAAACUGUGGGACCUAAUCCUAAUGCUGUUGAUAUGGAGAGGAUUGGAAAAGCAGUGAUCAGUUUUUCUGAGGCACUAGAAAAUGUGUGUUCCACUGUAAGAGCUACUGCCUCCUGAUAUUUUAUCUGCAUUGUGGAUACUUGGAAAGAAAGAAUCUCACAGUCUUAGAGGAAUUUUGAAAUGAGACUCAAGAGUAACCUUGAAUUGCUUCAGUUCUGUUUUUCCAUGCUCUGAAAUUGGUCACAGAAAAACUUGGACUUCCCUCUUAACCAAUCAGAUGCAAGACCUGGUCACUCUCAUUUUCCAGUGCUUGAGGCUAGUUUCCGAUUUUUACUUUUAAUUCUCCUUGACAUCUGGUGAUAUUAAUAGCCUUUGUUCUGAUUUUCCUUAAUGAUUUCUUUUGUUCAAAUGUAAGGAAAGUCAUCCAAAAAGGCUCUUGCAUUUUUCAAUAUUUUUUUAUUUUGCAAUACCAGUAGAAAGAAGGCUGGCUUUUGAUUCAUUACUUGCACACUUGUGAUUAGCAGCAAUCGUCAAGUUGUGCAAGAUUUGGGAAAAUUUUUUACCCAUGAAACACAAUCUAGGAAGCGUUUAUGUGUAAAUAUGGGUAGUUUUUAAUUUCAUUUUUUGCCAGGCUGUUAAUGUGCACAGACAGUUUGUGAUUUACAUGAAUCAAAAAUAUCUCUUUGUCAAUGUGAAGCUACACCUGUCGGGUUCAGAAGCACCUUUUCCCAAAUUAUUAAAACAUGUAGAAUUAAAACUGUUACAGGUGUCAAA